AUGGAGAUUCUGAUUUCUCUGCUUGUUUGCUUACUUCUCUUUUCGACGAUUAAACCGGGAGUAGCUGCUCAAAACGAUGGCGUUUUAAAAGAGGUUAAGGUUGGAUUAGUGGUUGACUUGGGUUCCACGGAAGGAAAAAUCCUCGAGACUUCUUUAUCCUUGGCGCUUUCAGAUUUUUAUCGCAUCAACAACAAAUAUCAAACCAGAGUCUCUGUUUUAGCAAGAGACUCUCAAGGAGACUCUCUCCUUGCCUAUGCAGCCGUUACAAACCUUAUCAAGAAUGCAAAAGUGGAAGCUAUUAUUGGUGCACAAUCAUUACAAGAAGCAAAGCUUCUUGCAACAGUUACUGAAAAAGCUAAACUUCCUGUAAUAUCACUUCUUGCUCCAGUUUCUUUAUCUUUAAACAAGUAUGAUCACUUCAUCCAAACAACACACGAUCCUACAUCAGAAGCUAAGGGUAUAACAAGUCUCAUACAUGAUUUAAACAAGACAUCAGUUGUCGUUAUAUACGAGGAUGAUGAUGAUUGGAGAGAGAGCUUGCAAACACUCAUGGAGCAUUUUCAAGAUGAAAGAAUCAGCAUCGAACGUACUGCUUCUCUCUCGUCAUCAGGAGAAGAUCAUAUGAUGAAUCAGCUAAGGAAGGUCACUAAGGUCUCAAGGACAGCAGUUUUCGUGGUGCAUAUGUCUGAAAAUCUUGUUUCUCGUCUCUUACAAUGUGCGGAGAAGUUAGGUUUGAUGGAACAAGAUCAUGUUUGGAUUCUCACCGCAAGAGCCAUGCAUCAUUUUUACUUCUUGGAACGUUUUGAAACUAGGUCUAUGAAAGGGGUGAUUGGUUUUAGAUCAUACGUUCCAGUAUCAUCAGAGACUAUGAAUUUUACUUCAAGAGUGUCAAAGCGUUAUAGUGUAUGGGCACACGAUGUUGCUUGUAUUCUAGCAACAUCAGUAGAGAAAUUGAGUCUCAAAAAAUCUGAAAAUGUAUCACCAAACCUUCUUGAGAUAAUGAGGCAGAGUAGUUACAAGGGUAUGAGGCAAUCUAACAUUCAAAUGGUUGGUAACAAGUUUCUUUCAAGGACAUUUGAGAUUGUGGAUAUGGUUGGAACAAGGGAGAGAAGAAUAGGAUUAUGGAGUUGUGAUAGAUUUUGUGAAAGAGCUUCUUCACCCAAUGAUAUUAAGAUCAUCCCAAGACACCGUUUUCUGGAAGAGAAUGAUGACCAUAAGAAGGUUCUUAGGGUCUUAGUUCCAGCACGGAACAAGGUUCCAAAUCUAGUAUCCAUGCGUCUUGAUCCUGAAACAGGUGUCUACACUGCCACUGGAUUCUGCAUGGAAGUUUUCAAGACUUGCAUUGCACCUUUUAACUACCAGCUAGAGUUCAUACCUUAUAAUGGAAACUAUAACAACCUUGCUUAUCUACUCUCUACUCAGAGUGAUAAAUAUGAUGCAGCUGUUGGUGAUAUAACCAUCACUUCCAACAGAUCUUUGUAUGUUGAUUUUACACUGCCUUUCACAGACAUUGGUAUAGGAAUCUUGACGGUAAAGAAGAGAAGCCAAGGGAUGUGGACUUUCUUUGACCCUUUUGAUAGAUCCUUGUGGCUAGCUAGUGGAGCUUUCUUUGUCUUGACUGGAGUUGUUGUUUGGUUGGUUGAACGGCCUGUUAAUCCUGAGUUUCAGGGCUCUUGGGGACAACAACUUUGUAUGAUGCUCUGGUUUGGUUUCUCUACCAUUGUCUUUGCUCACAGAGAGAAGCUGGAGAAAAUGUCAUCAAGAUUCUUAGUGAUAGUUUGGCUAUUUGUGGUGUUGAUAUUGACAUCAAGUUAUAGCGCAAAUCUGACAUCAACCAAGACCAUUUCUCGCAUACAACUUAACCAUCAGGCAGUUUUCGCCUCUACCACGUUACAAAAUAUGAGGCUUGGAUCCAUUGAUGAAGUUGAGACAUAUGCUCAAGCUUUGAGGGAUGGAACUCUUAGUCAUAUUAUCAAUGAGAUACCAUAUCUCAGUCUCCUUCUUGGAUACUAUCCAGAUGCUUUUGUGAUGACAGAUAGAGAGACUAGUACCAAUGGCUUUGGCUUUAUGUUCCAAAGAGGUUCAGGUUUGGCUACUAAUGUUUCACGAGAGAUUGCGAAGUUAAGGUCAUUGGGAACUUUGAAAGACAUGGAGAAGAGAUGGUUUCAAAAGCUGGAUUCAUUGAAUGUACGUUCUAAAGCUGGAGAUGUUGCAUCUCUUAAUGACGUUGAUGAAGCAUAUAAUCGGUUCAGCUUCGGUGAGUUGCGUGGUUUGUUCAUCAUUGCAGGAGUUGCUCAUGCUCUUGUAAUAACCUUGCAUCUUGUUCAUAUGCGUCAGGAGAUACUCACCAAACUACAAAGCUUUUACUAGUUAAAAAAAAAGGAUUCAUCAUUCAUAAGCUGCUGCAAUAUAGUCUUCGAGUUACAACUUUCAAGAACAAGAAGGUACACUUGUAAAUUUUGAAAAUGAAUGUCACAUGUAACACUUAAUCCUAGUUUGUAAGUUUGUGAAUAUCAUUUUAUAUUUUUUUUUUG